UUCACAAUGGUAGCUUACAGCAAAACAAAAGUGGCAUGUUUGCUUAUUUUUUUCUUUUCUGAACAUUAUGUGGGACUCAGCAAUGGGAAAGAAGAAAAAUCCCCUACCAAACAAGAUGUGUCCCAUUCCAGAUUAAGAGACAGGAAGAACUUGGAGAAUAUACUUCAACUGUCACCAGAUGUUCAUGGCAAACAGAAAUACAGCAGCUCCACUUUAAACAUCAAAGCAAUACUAGACAAAUUGAGGGCAAUAUACCAAAGCAGUAUUAAACCAUUAGAGGAUGUUUACAGGUUUACAACACUUGGAAAAAACACAGUGACAGAUGGUGAAAUCUAUGCCAAGCCUAUGAUAUUAUUCCUUGGGCCCUGGAGCACAGGGAAAUCUACAAUGAUAAAUUAUCUAGUGGGUCUGGAAGAUGACGCAUAUAAAUUACGCACAGGAGCAGAGCCAACCACCUCAGACUUUACAGUAUUAAUGAAUGGAGAGGAAUACAGGACUAUGGAAGGGAUAGUCCUAGCAGCAGACCAUACCAGGUCCUUCUCAGCGCUGGAGAAGUUUGGACAGGGGUUCUUAGAGCGACUCCAGGGGAUUGAAAUGCCACACAGACUGCUUCAGAAAGUAACCUUCAUAGACACUCCAGGGAUUAUAGAGAACCGUAAGCAGCAGGAGCGAGGUUACCCCUUCAAUGAGGUGAGCCAGUGGUUUAUAGACAGGGCAGACCUAAUUUUUGUCGUAUUUGAUCCAACGAAACUUGAUGUUGGCACAGAGCUAGAGGCAAUCUUUCAACUACUCAAGGGAAGAGAAGGACAGAUAAGACUAAUUCUCAACAAGGCGGAUUCGGUAACACCUCAAGAACUCAUGAGAGUCUACGGUGCUUUAUUCUGGAGCCUCGCCCCUCUUAUCAAUGUAACCGAACCACCUAGAGUUUUCAUUGGUUCAUUUUGGGCCAAUCCAAUCAAACCUAACACUAUGACACAAUUAUUUGAACAAGAGGAGAACUCCUUGCUUCAGGAUGUUCACGAAGUAGUCAGAAAUGGGGUUGCCAAUAAAAUUGCCUUUGUACGUCAGCACGCUAUCAAGGUACGGAUCCAUGCUUUGUUAGUAGACAAAUAUGUGGAGGUGUUUAAAAAUAAGAAAUCUCUUUUCACUGAUAAUGAAAAGAUUUUGUCACAUAUCAUUGAUCAUCCAGAGAAGUAUUACAUAUUCCAAUCUGUGCAGAGCCACGCAAACAUCAGCAAAUAUGACCUCCCAGAUCCUGACAUCUACAAAGACUUCUUCCACAUGGAGGCAAUUAACACUCUAAUGCCAUUAAAUUAUCACUGCUCUUUCUUCAAAGGUUGUAUGUAUGAUGAUCUCAAUGCUGCUAUAACUGUCGAUCUACCAAAGUUACUGCAGGAGGUUCGUAAGGGGCAGGAUGUAUGCACAGUUGGGGACAAGGAUUGUGAGAAUAGUUAAAAGGAAGGACACAAAGGAGCUUAACACUCCCUGAUAUGUUUAGUCUCAAUAAUAUCUACUAUUUCUGUGGGUGAAGUCAAAGCCUUUUGUCAUAAUCAUAUCAUAUAAUACAGUAGACUAUGCAUAACUCUACACCUUGUAACUGGAAUUAUUGUUUUACUGGAACAAAUUUUAUAGAACAGAUUUUUUUUCUUCUGUACUAGCUGAAAUAAUAUGCAUAGUUGGAAUCUUCACAUAACAUGAACAGAUUUUCCCCAAUUUUAAAGUGUGUGAGUCAUGUUAAGUCUACUGUGUAUAUUCCUUUCAUCAACUCUUUUGGUUUUAAAAUAGCAACAGACUAAUUGCUGUCUUUACUCAAACAGAAGUCUUGAGAACAAAAGCUUGUCUUCUUUCUUGAAGGUUUGUUCAACAAACCAAACUUAACUUAAAGCCCAAAUGUUUUGACUUUUAUUUGAACCAAAGUAAAAAAAAAUUACCUCUUCAAAGUAAUUUUAUCAAAACUUAAAAUAAGCAAUCAGACUGAAAACUACUUUUUUAGUGAUCCUGGAUUGAAACAGCCCAAAUCUUUGUAUACGCCAGGACCAACUCCUGAGUUCUUUCUAGUCCCUAAACUGUAAGCUAAAUCUAGUAAGGUGAACAUGUUCAUUAUAUGAAUAUGCAAUAUAGUCCCCCAUAUUUUGUCACAAAAAUAUUUUCUUAGAACACAUAAUUUCUCAUGUGCACUGAUCAUACAAGUAGGCCUAUAAUUUUAUUAUAUAUAAUAUACAUAUACGGUGCAUCAGCAGAUUUUAAUUUACUGUUUUAUCUGUGGUGCAUAUAAAAUGAAGUUGGUUUUAUCAGACUGUUCAUCUUUAACAAAAUGAUAUUUUUAUAAACAUAUGGAUGCUUUGUUUAUCUCAAUUUUUACUAGCUCAUAUGCAUGGAGGAAUGAUAAUGAUUGAUAAUUACGGACAACAUGUUGGUUUUACGAAGAUUAUUUUUUCUUUUUCUACAAAUUGUUGUUAAAAUAUUAUGUGAAGUGAAUGCGUUCUUGUUUUCCUAAAUUAAAUAA